AUGCGCAGUGAUAACCCCGCGCUGUGUGGGCGUGGCCUGACCCGCAUUGACCAAUCAGCGCCGGCCCGGCGUUACCGUGGCAACGCGAUGCGGCAGCGCCGCCCGCGCAUGCGCAGUGGCGGCGCGGGCAGGGGGCGGGAGCGCCGCGCGGGCGGAAUUUUGGGGGGAAUUGUGGAGAUUUUGGGGAAUUUUGGGGGGAAUUGUGGCGAUUUUGGGCAGCCCAUGGCGGAGCUGCACCUCUUCGGGCAGAUCGAGAGCGGCUGCGGCUUCUCCGAGCGGCGCCUCUUCUGCAAGUGGGGGCUGCACCCCAGUGUCCCCACUGAUGUCCCCACUGAUGUCCCCAGUGUCCCCACUGAUGUCCCCACUGAUGUCCCCAGUGUCCCCACUGAUGUCCCCACUGAUGUCCCCCUGUCCCCAGGCUGGCCCAAGCUGCUGCUGGAGGUGUGGCACGUGGACGCGUGGGGCCGGCGGGGCCUGGCGGGCUACGGCGUGUGCGCGGUGCCCAGCGCGCCCGGCUGCCACCGCGUCACCUGCGUCACCUGGCGCCCGCGGGGGACGCGGCGCCAGCGCCUGCUGGGCCCCGGCGCCCCCGAGCUGCGCGACCCCGCCGGGGCGGCCGCCGGCGCCGCCGAGCGCUUCCGCCUGCGCACCGAGGCCGCCGGCACCGUGCGGCUGCGCCUCGGCGUCCUGCCGCGGCACAUGGCACGGUUUGGGGUGGCACUGUGACACUGGGGACACUGGGGUGGCACUGGGGACAUUGGGAACACCUUUGGGGUGAUGGGGACAUUGGGGACAUCAUUUGGGACAUUGGGUUAGUGGAGAAACCAUCAGGAACAUUGGCACCGUGCGGCUGCGCCUCGGCGUCCUGCCGCGGCACAUGGCCAAGUUCGGGGUGGCACUGUGACAUUGGGGACACCAUUGGGGACACCAUUGGGGACAUUGGGGACA